AAUUGUUGUGCAGUUCAUUGUUUGAUGUGGUUUGAUUGUUUUUAAAGAAAUUUUAUUUCUGUAUUGAAUAAUUAGUAACAUUUUUAUAUAAUACAGCAUAAAAUACUUAGAUAGCAAUCAUGGCGAAGAUGGCAUUUCAGCAUCAAGCCGGCACGGCUAUGGAAUGUCUAAGCAUUCCAAUAACGCUUCAAAAAGAAGCAGGUGUAGAUUCAGAGGGCAGAGAAGUUAUGAAAUGUGGGUUCAAAAUAGGUGGUGGAAUUGACCAAGACUUCCGUAAAAGCCCUCAGGGCUAUACAGACAAUGGGAUUUAUGUAACAGAAGUUCACGAAGGCAGUCCUGCUGCAAAAUCAGGUUUGAGAAUGCAUGACAAAAUCCUGCAAUGCAACGGCUAUGACUUCACCAUGGUCACACAUAAAAAGGCAGUAAGCUAUAUCAAGAAACAUCCUGUGCUAAAUCUUCUGGUAGCUAGAAAAGGUGUGACAUCCACAUAAUGCAAAGACAAAUUUAAUUAUUAAGUUUUUCUUAAGUUAAAGUUCAAAUGGAGUAUUGUAAAACAAGUGAUUUUAUACAGUUAUUUAUUAUU